UAGAAAAUAUUGAAUCAUUUUGUAUUUUAAUUUAUGGUUUUCUACAUUAUGUUCUUUUCUCAACAUUCAUAUUGACAACAGUAUAUCAAACAAAUAUAAUCCGAUCGUGAAUAAAUGUAUCUAUUUCUCUGUUCUAUAGACUUGGUUUUUUUUUUUUACUUUAUUCAAACGAUGGGUUCAUUGGAUUUGCUGGGAUACAAGAAGUCUUUCUUUUUUUUUAAUAAAAAAAAUGGAUAAGAUAAUAAUGUAUAACAUACGAACAAAAUCUGUGGUAGUCGAUCAAUUUACAUUUGAUUUAUAUUUUUAUCUUAAUCUAUCUUCUUAUUUUAGACGUCAUUGUAUUUUCAUCUGAUAUGUUCAUUUUUAUGUUCAGAAUCGCUUAGAAAUAUUUUUUCUAUUUUAAUAUUUUGAUUGCGUUGUUUAAUUCAAUCUCUUUUUUGAUUCCGAUUGGAUCUAUACAUUUUGAUUCGGGUUGCUAACUCAACGGUAGAGUACUCGGCUUUUAAGUGCGACUAGCAUUUUUUACACAUUUGUAUGAAGUAACGGAUUCGUCGAUACCAUCGGUAGAGCUUUGUAAGACCGCGACUGAUCCUGAAAGGAAGGAAUGGAAAAAGCAGCAUGUCGUAUUAAUGGAGAAUUUUGAGAAUAUUUUAUUCGUAUCUUAUCAGAUCGAUACAAAAUCUUGUUUGAAUUCUUGACGCGAAAAAAAAAAGAAAAAAAGAUUAAAGUUGGAUUAAGUGAAUAAAUGGAUAGAGCCCCUUGGCUCCAAUUCUAGGGAAACAAAAAAAAGCAACGAGUUUAUGUUCUUAAUUUGAAUAAUUACCCGAUCUAAUUAAACGUUAAAAAUAUAUUAGUGCUUGAUACGGUAAAUUUUUUUACCAUAAGUAGAUUAUCGAUUUUUUUUAAUCCUAAUUAUUAGUAGAUAUUCUCCAUUAGAGUGUGGGGAUGAAUGUGUAGAAAAGCAGUAUAUUGAUAAAAAUAUUUUUUUUUUCCAAAAUCAAAAGAGCGAUUGGGUUGAAAAAAUAAAUGAUUUCUAACCAUCUUGUUAUCCUAUAAUGAACAUAAACCGAUUUAAUUAGAUUUUCAUUAGAUGGAAAAAGAAAGGAUAAAGAGUCCGUUGAUAAGUCUUAUCUGCUUCCGGGGUAUCUAUCUAGUCUUUUCUUAAAUAUCCUGUUUUGACUGUAUCGUACUAUAGUGUCAUUUAAUAACCCAAGAAAUAAAAUCUCCUAUCCCUUGUUUCAAUCUAAUUUUAAAUAAAUGGAGGAAUUAAAAGGAUAUUUAGAACUAGAUAGAUUUAGGCAACAUGACUUCCUAUACCCACUUAUCUUUCGGGAGUAUAUUUAUGCACUAGUUCAUGAUCAUGGUUUAAAUAGAUCUAUUUUGUUGGAAAAUGUAGCUUAUGAUAAUAAAUCUAGUUUACUGAUUGUAAAACGUUUAAUUACGCGAAUGUAUCAACAGAAUCAUUUGCUGAUUUCCACUAAUGAUUCUAACCAAAAUUCAUUUUUAGGAUACAACAAGAAUUUGUAUUCUCAAAUUAUAUCAGAAGGAUUUGCAGUCAUUGCGGAAAUUCCAUUUUCUUUACGAUUAAUAUCUUCCUUAGAAGGGGCACAAAUCGUAAGAUCUUACAAUUUUCGAUCCAUUCAUUCAAUAUUUCCUUUUUUAGAGGACAAAUUCCCACAUUUAAAUUAUGUGGCAGAUGUACUAAUACCCUACUCCAUCCAUCUGGAAAUCUUGAUUCAAACCCUUCGCUACCGGGUGAAAGAUGCCUCCUCUUUGCAUUUAUUGCGGUUCUUUCUUCAUGAGUAUUCGAAUUGGAAUAUUGUUAUUAUUCCAAAUAAAGCUAUUUUUUUUUCAAAAAGUAAUUCAAGAUUAUUGUUAUUCUUAUAUAAUUCUCAUAUAUGUGAAUACGAAUCUGUCUUCCUUUUUCUCCGUAAACAAUCUUCUCAUUUACGAUUAACAUCUUCUGGAGUCCUUUUUGAGCGAAUUUAUUUACAUAGAAAAAAAAUAAAACAUCUUGUCGAAGUCUUUGCUAAUGAUUUUCCGGGCACACUUGACGAUAUGAAUCAUUUGAAAAAUAAACGUAUUCGUUCUGUAGCGGAUCUCUUACAAGAUCAAUUCGGAUUGGCUCUG